GGUGGCGACUCGCGAAUCUCUUACAAAAUUAUUAAAAACAUUUUUUUUAUAUUUGUCUUGAAUUUUUAUUUUUAACGUAGUUUUCAACGCUUUUAGUGUUAAAGUGGAUUCAUUUUUAACUACACUCCAAUACACUAAACCCUUCAAUUUCCAAUUAAAAUGGAUUUCAAAAUGCAUGAUUACACCCAUGUUAUCGUUAGUAAAUCAUCGCCGCGACCAGACCGGGCCGAUAUUAAUGACUCAAGACGCCAAUACGAUUGCUAUAUAAGACUACUGAGUGAAUUAAAUUUGGAAACAAUUGAAGUUGAAGCUGGUUCAUCAUUUCCUGAGGCUGUAGUACUGGAAGACAUUGCACUUGUGUGCCAUGGCAUAGCUUUGCUUCUCAAACCAAAGGCGGGACAAGAGCAGUUAGUAAAAUCUGUAAAACAAGCUCUCGAAAAUGACCUUGGCCAAACAGUAAUUGAAUUGUCUGACCCUGAUGCUAUGUUGCUGGGAUCUGAUGUCUUGUUCACAGGUCGUGAGUUUUUUGUUGGUAUUUGUGAAACAAGCAAUGAGGCUGGUGCAAGUGCAGUGGCAGCAGCUUUUCCUGAAUUUCCAUGUACACCUAUCAAGGUUACAAAAGGUGCACAGCAUUUGAAGAAAUACAUAACAGUUGCUGGACCAGAUAUUUUAUGUGUAGCAGCAAGCAAGGAAGCAAAGGAGUUGUUGAAGCGGAUGGAAAGGGAAGCAAGUUUCUCGUAUCAGACACUUACGGUGCCUGAAGAGGAAGCGGCCAAUUGUCUAUAUGUCAAUGGUACAUUGAUACACAGAGCUAUUGAGGAGAUACCGCAGUCGUUUAAGGUUUUUUGUGAGAAAAUUGAUUUCUCGCGCCGAUCGAUAUGUUUCUCGGAGCUGUCGAAGAUAUCGUCAGGGCUUAGUGCUUGCUGCUUGCUGUUAAGAAAGCCAUUUACAUUAUAAAUUAUCCACUGUUUGGCUGGUUUCGGUAUUAUUUAUCUUUUAUUCGAUACGAUUAACUUAUUACAUUAAGUAACACGUUACCAGUGCUUAACAGCUAUCAGUGGACACGAGUUGUCAUCACAAUGUAAUCAUCACAUGUAGAUUAAUAAUUAUUUAAAUAAUAGUUUCUUUCAACAAUAAAAACCAAACAUAUGUUUUACGUACAGGUAAAGCACAAAUAAAUUGUGCAUAAUCUGAAGAAAAAAAAUUAUGGAUGGUAAGAAUACAGUUUCAUCGAAAAAUCAUACUUUGGUGACCCAUCUGACGUAUGUGUCAUUCAUUAAUAAAUGUCAAAUGUCAUGUAAAACUGAUUGACGUUUAGUGUGAAUAUGGUAAAUGACGUUUUAACUUCCAAGAAAACUCCGUUAAAAUGUAACCUUUUCAGCGUCACUCUAUAAGAGACAUUGUAUACAAUUUAUUUUAAAUCAUUGAACUUUAAAUGUACCAGGAUUGUUACAAUUUAUUUCUAACCUUAACAAAAGGCUAAACACGUGUUCAUAUUAGGAUAAUCUAUUGAAAUGCUGUUUUUCGGCUUUGGUAAUCUUAAUGCAAAAGAGAAAAAAUCGUGAUUGCUACGCUAAAAUGCAUUUCCUAUUAGAACGGAAAAUAUUUUUAUUUACAAUUGAAAUCAUAAUACCCAAGUACCUCAUUUUUAGUUGUAGUACUUUAGCCAUUCCCUAAGUCUUAAGACUGAUUUUAUAAUCUCCUAUUAUAUAUGAAUGAUAAAUGUUAUACACAAAAAGGCAGGCUCUCCCUGUGCCUUCAUUCCAAAAUAUUUUAAUAUUGAGUACCAUGUUCUUUUAAACACAUGUGUGGACCCACCAGUCCUAGUGACUAGAUAGGCCUUUUAUGGCAAUUUUUGUCUUAUCUGAAUAUUUUUUUUAUUAACUUCUAUAAAUUAUACAUUUAUAAAAAUAUAAAAAGAAAUUCGAACAAUAUAAACAGCCUUUUAGGUGGUACAAAUUAAUUAAGUAUACUUUCAAGGGAUGAAAAAUGUUUAUGUAUUUCAUAAAUGAUUUUUGUAUGUGACGUAAAUAAAAUUUAAAAUACUAAAAAAAAUCUCUUAAAUGAGGUUCAGAAACGACUCCCGUAUAUUAAUCCAAUACGAAUGUAUGUUAUCAAGCGAUAUUGAUAUAUAAUUUUGAUUCUGAAUCUUACCAUCUGUGCUUAUUCUUAAGUGUUUUUAUUAGUUAAAUUUAUGCUAAACGCACAAAUUAGUAUAUUUGAUUUUUCUAUAUAACGGUUGACGUAUCUCGAAUAGUUGGAUUUGCAGAGUAUUUAAGUCUUACAAAAAAUAGAGGAAAAGAAUCUUAAAUCUAAUGAGACUCAUAUAUUUACCCUGAAGAUAACAGAGUGUAAUAACACCGCUAUUGAAACUACGGAGUUUGUUCGGACGGUUAGUUGCAUUCGGAUUUACAAAAUUUAAACCGUUCUUGACAGUAAUUUAAAAUACUUUCUUAAUAGAUGUAAAAGGAAGAGGGUUUACGGCCGACAAAGUCAAAGUAAAGAUAUUUGCACAUCGUUUAUAAUUGUGUAACUUGAAGUACCUCUGUCAUCACAAUAGCUUUAUAAGUUUGUCAUAUUUUUUUUAUAUAUAACAAGUUUCUAAUAAAAAAUAUGGCACAAUUUUUUUAACAAUUAUUAUUAAUAUUCGUUGGAAUAAUGUCAACACAAUUUUUCGGUUAAUUAUUUAUAUUAUGUAUUUCUUGUGUAACAAGAUUCAUUGUUAAUUCAAGUUGGAACUUAAAAUGUUAUUGAACGCAGUUCUAUUGCAAAAAUGCAAAAAAGCAAAAAUGUGUUUUUUUUUAAUUCAAUUUAAUUUUUUUCUUGUAUAACAAGUCAAUUUAAGUUAGUAAAACUUAUAAGCUAUAUGAGUGUGAACUUUGUUAAUGUCAUCACAAUAAUACUAUUUGAUAUUAGCGCAUAAUAAGUUGGAUAAUGUAUCAUUGAAAAUGUAUCGUUUUACCCGUAAAUUCAUCACUCGUCAACUAAAUCAUUUACACUGUUCUAACUAAAGUACAUUGAUUUAAUGAAUUGCAUUUAGGAUCGAGAAAAAACCCUACAAAUCAUUAUGGCCCGGCAGCACACUCGCGAGCCUGCUGUCCUAUAAAAAAACCGUUCUGUUAGUCGAAUUUGCGUAAAGAUAAGUACUUUAUUAAAACAGUUUGAACGAUUUUUUAAAAUUAUAUUUACGCUAGUUUACGAAAUCAAAAACCACUUCAAGGUAUUAAAUCACAAUAAUUUAUAAGUAUUUUAUCAAUGUUUUAAACGUAAAAGUAUUUAUUGUAUUGUUGAUUUGUAGAUGUGAAACUGUUAAGUGUUUAUCUUUCAUAGAUUUAGCAACGUACAAGCACAGCCAAUAUUUAAAUUUUGUAUGGAGGCUUUUUAUGGACUUAAAUCUAUAGCUGUACAUGCCGAACGUUGAAUUCUGAAUAUGCUUAAAUAUAGUUUCAAAUAUUCGGUAGACAUAUUCAAAAGACCUCAGUGUCAAUGUCAGAUGCGUCAAGCCGUCGAUUUUUCUUUAGUAACGAAUCUACGAGUCGUAACGCGUUAUGACUGGUAUUUUAAUUUUAACAGGAUAAAAAAAAUUGCUCUAUUUUUAAUGUACAAUUCGAUUUAGUACCAGAUCGAAAUCAAGUUAUGAAAUGAAAUUGCUUCCACUUACAUCAUGCAAAACUGAUAAAAUGGUAUUACUUGCAAAAUUUUAAACUGGUGUGUUCAUUAUGGAUUUAAGUCAUUAGUUGAGAUUCAUUGACAAAUGUAAACGUUAACUGUCUAUCAGAAUAGCAUGACUGAUGGGGAAAUAAGCUUUUACAUAAAAUUGUUUCUGGUUCAUCAUCCUCAAUAUAGCUUAGCUAACAAUUUUAUAUAUCCUCGAAGGUGUACUUUAGAUUAGUGUAUAAUAAAUGAUUGAAGAAG